AUGCACGGAGAAAAGCAUAACUCCAGUGUCACGUGGACAUUGACUCACAUGGACAUUGUAGGGGUCAGAAGAGCCGAGGAGAGCAUCUCCUGGGAGGUCCAGCGCUAUGACGGCUGGUACAACAACCUGCUGCCCCACAGCCGCGGCUCAGUGGGCGACAGGUUACUGCGUCUCCUGCCGGCCAACUACGGAGAUGGUGUCUACAAGGCACUGCAGGAGCCCCACGUUCCCAACGCUCGCCAGCUCAGCAACGCAGUGGCACGAGGACCUUCCGGGCUGCCCUCCCACAGGAACACAACCGUGCUGGCUGUCUUCUUUGGUUUCCAUGUGCUCUUGGACAUCCUGGGGACAGAGAAACCCGGCUGCCCUGCUGAGUUCCUGAACAUCCACAUCCCAUCCGGAGACCUCGUGUUUGACCCUGCAGGCACUGGAGACGUGGUCCUGCCCUUCCAGCGCAUCCACUGGGCAACAGAGACGGGACAGAGCCCCAACAGCCCCCGGGAGCAGACCAACGAGGUGACAGGCUGGCUGGAUGGCAGCUCCAUCUACGGCCCUUCACACUCCUGGAGUGAUGCCCUGAGGAGCUUCUCGGGGGGACAGCUGGCAUCGGGGCCUAGCGGGCGCCUCCCAAGGGAGACAGAUGGGAGGGUCCCCAUGUGGAAGGCACUGGAUCCAUCCAUGGGACAGGGUGGUCCUCGAGGGAUCUAUGACCUGGGGAGCGCCUGGGGGAACGAGAACCCUUUCCUGCAGGCUGAGAGCAUCGCCUGGUUUCGAUACCACAACCACCAGGCCAUGAUGCUGGCCCAGGCACAUCCUACCUGGUCUGAUGAGGACCUCUUCCAGCAUGCUCGCAAGCGAGUCAUCGCCACUUUUCAGAGCAUCGUGCUGUACGAGUGGCUGCCAACCCUGCUGGGGAGACAUGUCCCGGAUUACAAUGGUUACCAGCAGCACCUGGACCCCAGUCUCUCACCAGAGUUCACGGCAGCUGUGGUCCAAUUCCUGGCCACCAUGGUGCCACCAGGUGUUUAUAAGAGAGACCCCAACUGCAAUUUCCAGCAAGUGCCUGGCCCCAGUGGUUCAUUCCCAGCGGUGCGGCUCUGCAACAGCUACUGGAGCAGAAAGCUGCAGCAAGCGGAGGAUACAGAUGUGGACAACAUCCUGCUGGGGAUGAGCUCACAGAUUGCAGAGCGGGAGGACAACAUUGUGGUGGAAGAUCUCCAAGAUUACUGGUAUGGGCCCCUGAAGUACUCCCGCACCGACUAUGUGGCCAGCUGGCUUCAGCGCGGGCGAGACCUUGGCUUGCCCACCUAUAACCAAGCCCGGGAGCAAUUUGGGUUGGAGCCUCUCCAGAACUGGUCAGACCUUGCCCCACACCUGCAGCAACAGGUUCUGGAGAAGGUUGCUGCCCUGUAUGCCAACAACACAGCUGGGCUGGAGCUGCUCCCUGGAGGCAUGCUGGAGGCUGACGGCUCCCUCUUCAGUGCCAUCAUCCUGGACCAGUUUGUGCGCCUGCGUGAUGGUGACAGGUUUUGGUUCGAAAACACCAAGAAUGGUCUGUUCACAGCAGAGGAAACCAGGGAGAUUCGUAACACCACCUUCCAUGACGUUCUGGCUGCUGUAACCUACGCAGACCCCAAAGACCUCCAGGCCCACGUGUUCGUCUGGGGCAAGGGGGACCUGUGCCCCCAGCCCCAGCAGCUGACGGCUCAACACCUGGCCAACUGCACGCCCAUGAUGGUGCUGGACUACUUCGAAGGCAGUGGCGCAGGCUUUGGGAUCGUCAUCAUUGUCCUCUGCUGUCUGCCUUUAGUGACUCUGUUUGUUGCCUGGAUUGUUGCCAUUCUCCGCAAGAGGGAUUUCAAGAACUUGCAGAAGAAGCAGGGCUGCAGCGUGCGAAGGGAGGUGGCUGGCGAGGUGAUACACGCCAUGGAGUGGCAAGGUCCCAAGACAGACAGCUCUCCUGUCUACAUUCAGCUGCAAGCUGACAAAGUGCUUAAAGUGCUGGAUGGGAGAGGGUCUGUGCUCCGGAGCAUCAGCCUGAAAGACCAUCAAAGGGUAGAUGUGAUCCUCUCCAGCAACAAAGGGAACAAAGCUCUGCUCCUGAAGAGCCCCAAGGAGUACGACCUGGUGCUGCUUUUCGGCGAGGAGGCAGAGAGGAGCAACUUCAUUGGGAAGCUACAAGGCUACUUGGAGGAGAGCAGCCUCGAUCUGCAUAUGUCUGAGAUGAAGGAGCAGAGUCUGAUGAAACGGGCAGUCACCCAAGAGCAGAGAAAAAAAAUUCUGGAGACUUUCUUCAGGCACCUGUUUGCUCAGGUGCUGGAAAUUGACAGGUCCGAUGCUGGAGAGCUCAACUUCGAAUCUUCACAGAAAGCAAAGGAGUCUCUAACAUGUGAGCUGAGCAGGGCUGAGUUUGCUGAGGCCCUGGGGCUCAAAGCCAAUUCCAUGUUUGUGGACUCCAUGUUCUCGCUGGCUGACAAAGAUGGCAAUGGCUACAUCUCCUUCCGGGAAUUCUUGGACAUCUUGGUGGUCUUCAUGAAAGGAUCCCCCGAGGAGAAGUCCAAGGUGAUGUUCAGGAUGUAUGAUAUUGAUGAGAAUGGGUUCCUCUCCAAGGACGAAUUUCUGAGGAUGCUCAGGUCCUUCAUUGAGAUCUCCAACAACUGCCUGUCAAGAGACCAGGCAGAGCAGGUGACCGAGUCCAUGUUUCGGGCCUCAGGGUUUCAUGACAAGGAUGAGCUGACAUGGGAGGAUUUCCACUACAUGCUGCGGGACCAUGACAGCGAGCUUCGUCUCACCCAGCUCUGCAUUAAAGGUCAGUGGGCAGGAGCACUGGGUGUCCCCGAGGUGUUCAAGCAAAACCUGCACAACCGUGUCUCCUUCAUAAAAAAGAGCAAGAAGAAAGGAACCAUCUCAGAGGAGGAGAAAGACCCAAACCUGGACACUGUGAGCCACUAUGUGGAGCGAGAAGGGCAAGAGCUGAGGAAGAGACCAGGCAGAAAGGUGAAUCAGUACCAGCUGCAUUUGUACACUGAAGCACAACGGAAGAAGUACGAGCGGAACAAAAUUCAGCAGAAGAUCCAAGAAUUCAAGCGCUUCAUUGAGAAUUACCGGCGCCAUAUCAUCUGUGUGGUCCUCUUCUCUGCCAUCACUGCUGGCGUCUUCGUGGAGCGAGCCUACUACUAUGCCUUCGCAUCCCCCAGCACUGGAAUCGCACAGACCACCUUUGUGGGGAUCAUCAUCUCCCGGGGAUCAGCUGCCUGCAUCUCCUUCAUGUACUCCUAUAUCUUGCUUACCAUGUGCCGCAACCUCAUCACCGUCCUGCGGGAGACCUUCCUCAAUCACUACAUCCCCUUCGAUGCCGCCGUGGACUUCCACCGCUGGGUUGCCAUGGCAGCCCUGAUUUUCUCAGUGCUCCACACUGCAGGCCACGUAGUGAAUGUCUACAUCUUCUCAGUCAUGCCUCUAAGCGUAUUGUCCUGUCUCUUUUCCAAUGUCUUUACAAAUGAUGGGUCACAGCUCCCACAGAAGUAUUACUGGUGGUUCUUCCAGACUAUUCCAGGCAUGACGGGGGUGCUGCUGCUUGUGAUCUUGGCUGUGAUGUAUGUGUUCGCCACCCACUACUUCCGACGUGUCAGCUUCCAGGGCUUCUGGAUCACCCACCACCUCUAUGUGCUGCUCUACAUCCUGGUCAUCAUCCACGGCAGCUAUGCACUGAUCCAGCAGCCCCGCUUCCACAUCUACUUCAUCAUCCCAGCUCUCAUCUACAGCGCGGACAAGCUGCUCAGCCUGAGCAGGAAGAAGGUGGAGAUCAGCGUGGUGAAAGCCGAGCUCCUGCCCUCAGGUGUCACCCACCUCCAGUUCCAGCGGCCGCAGGACUUUGACUACAAGUCUGGGCAGUGGGUGCGUAUCGCCUGCGUGGCCCUGGGCACCACCGAGUACCACCCCUUCACCCUGACCUCAGCUCCACAUGAGGACACGCUGAGCCUGCACAUCCGGGCUGUGGGGCCCUGGACCACCCGCCUGAGGGAGCUCUACUCCCCAGACAGCCUGGCCCUCAUCGGCAAGCUGCCCAAGCUCUAUCUGGAUGGGCCCUUCGGGGAGGGCCACCAGGAGUGGAACAAGUUUGAGGUGUCGGUGCUUGUGGGAGGAGGCAUCGGGGUGACACCCUUCGCGUCCAUCCUCAAGGACCUGGUCUUCAAGUCAUCUAUAAGCUCCAAGCUGCUGUGUAAGAAGAUCUACUUCAUCUGGGUGACACGCACGCAGCGGCAGUUUGAGUGGCUGGCGGACAUCAUCCACGAGGUGGAGGAGGUGGACAGGAAUGACUUGGUCUCUGUGCACAUCUACAUCACGCAGCUGGCCGAGAAGUUCGAUCUGCGCACUACCAUGUUGUACAUCUGCGAGCGGCACUUCCAGAAGGUGCUGAACAAGAGCCUGUUCACAGGGCUGCGCUCCAUCACCCAUUUUGGGCGCCCUCCCUUCGUACCCUUCUUCAACUCACUACAGGAGGUGCACCCUGAGGUGCAGAAGAUCGGGGUGUUCAGCUGUGGCCCACCCGGGAUGACGAAGAGCGUGGAAAAGGCUUGUCAGCAGCUGAACAAGAAGGACCAGACCUACUUCGCACAUCACUACGAGAAUUUCUGA